GGAGCCCACUCCCAAAUGGCUGGAGGAGGUGUAGAGAUCUGAAGGUUGUCUAGCGCUGCAGGAGUAGAGGAGAUGUGUUUGUUGAGUGGGAGCAUCCUCCGUCACCACCACUCUCCAGUAUCCAUGGAGAUGACACUAUCCUCUUUGAGCUCCUGAGAACUAAACAACAUUCAACAGUUGACGACAAUCGACGAUGCAAUUACGUUAGAAUCCAGCCAUGCAUGACAUGUGCACAGACUGUGGGGGGUCUGGUAUCAAGGUGACCCACCGCCCACUCGGCCCCGGCAUGAUGCAGCAGAUACAGAGCGUGUGCACAGACUGUGGGGGGUCUGUUAUCAAGGUGACCCACCGCCCACUCGGCCCUGGCAUGAUGCAGCAGAUACAGAGCGUGUGCACAGACUGUGGGGGGUCUGGUGAUUACAUAGAAGACAAGGACAAGUGCAAGAAAUGCAAAGGAAAACGUCUCGUGGAAAUCAACCACAAACAAGAGAACACUGCUGGUGACGACCAUAGUGACAAGGUUCCAGUGAGUAUGGGAAUGAGACACGAGAGCAAAAGAUUCCUUUCCGAGGCAUGGCUGAUGAGAUGCCAGAUGGAGAGUCAUCUUACAGCAGCUGGAUCACACCGACUAUACAGGAGAAUCGACUGACCUGUUUGUGGAGAAGAGCAUCAGUUUAAGGGAGGCAUUGUGUGGCUUUACUUGCACUCUGGACCCCUGGACGGGAGGAACGUGCGUGUGUCCAGGUCACCAGGAGCAGUGCUGUCACCAGGUGAGUAGGUGGCUGGUAGGAGGAGGAUUGUGUAUAGGGCUGCCUUUGAGAGGAGUGUACAUACAAGCUAUUAUUACCGUAUAUUUACAGUGCCUUUAGUCUAUAGAGUAAAUAAACGGAAUUUGGUACGUGUUAGUACAUAAAUGUAAAUAUUUUGAGAUUGGAACAUUUCUAAGAAAAUAUGAUGAUACCAUUGUGUUGGUGAACAAAUUAUCUAAAACAUAUCCAAAAAUAUUUCCAUGGCAACGAAAGGUGGUGGGUAUGUGGUGGUUUAUAAAACACCAACAUUUUUCUAUAGUGGACAAUCGCUUAGCGAUGGAAAAGAUCAAUUGUUUUCGGCUAAGGUAUGGAACUUUGGCACAACAUUCCUGAAUAGUUUAGUUAACAUAUGCAUGGUUACGUAUAGCUUACAUAAGUACACGUACUGAUUAAUACUCAAUUAUGGGAUAUUUUAGGUGCCUUUUUGCUUAGCGAUGGAACUCAAGCAAAUUUGUCGGCUAAGGUCUAAUUGUUUUUGCACACUAAUUGUUAAUAAAUUUUCUAUCUUUUGAUACAAAAAAGUUGUCCAGAAAUACUUUAGUUCCGGAGAUAUUUCAUGUUACACAUAUAUUUUACGAUCACCCCCAUUUUUACCUAAAAUGAUUUCCCACUACAACAACUUUUUGGGGAAAUAUUUUCAAAUAAGGUUGUAGCUUAUUUAUUCACCUACACAAUGGUAUCAGCACAAUUUCUUAGAAAUGUUCCAAUCUUGAGAUACAUUUAAGUACAACUACUCACUCUGUGGUUAAAUUUACUCUCAAAGCUGAAGGCACUGUAGCGGAUAUAUAUUGUGUGUGUGUGUGUGUGUGUGUGUGUGUGUGUGUGUGUGUGUGUGUGUGUGUGUGUGUGUGUGUGUGUGUGUGUGUGUGUGUGUGUGUGUCCAGGGUAUGGAGGGUGAGGGGAUGCCAGUGUUCAAGAGGCCUCAUGUCAAGGGCAACUUCUAUGUUCAGUUCACCAUCCAAUUCCCUGACUCUGGUUUCCUGGAAGAGAGUCAACUAAAGGUGUUGGAGUGUCUCCUGCCCACAGGACCUGACCCACCAGCACUGGACCCAGAGGCAGAGGAAGUGGAUAUGAUAGAGUGAAGGGACGAGGGGAGUGGGCGGGGCACAAGGGGGUGGAGCCAUAUACGAUGAAGAUGAGGAGGAUGAAGGAGUGGGCGGGGCACAGAGGGUGGGCUGCUCUCAACACUGACACUCUUAGGAACUCUAUAUUCAUCGCUUUGAUUGUAUUUAUGGACUGCUUUUGUGGUUACUGCUAUUGUUCUAAUUAUGUGAAUAACGUUUGCCCAUACCAUUCGUCAUAAUUAUU